AUGGGUUUUUCCGCAGACAUGAUCAGCAAGAAGAGGGUAGUGCUAUCGAGCAAUGAAAAGACGCCGGUGAUGGUGGCGCUGGGUGAGGAGGAGGAGUGGCGGCGGAGGAGGCCGUGGGAGGGUUUGAAUCCGGAGAUACUUGCAUUGAUUUUUGUAAGGAUACCUGCGGAAGAAAUGGUGAGCUGUGUUCCGUUAGUGUGUCGGCCAUGGAUGGAGGUGGUGGCUGGGCCGUACUGUUGGCAGGAAAUCGAUGUUCAGGCGUGGUGUCGCCGUCGUAAUGACAGUCAUGCGGUGGACCUGGUGGUGAAGAAGCUGAUACGGCGGAGCAAGUGGUCAGUUCAACGUCUGUCUGCUUACCGCAUGGGAGAAUCUGGGUUCUUCUUUGCUGCUAACUGUGGAAAAUGCUUGAAAGUGCUGGAAAUCCCAAUGAGUGGAAUCACGGACCAAAUGAUAUCAAAGCACAUAAAGCCAUUGCCAAAUCUUGGAAUCUUGGAUAUAAGCAAUUGCUUAAAAAUCACAUCAAAAGGCAUUGCAACAUUUGGUACCCAAUGCAAAUCCCUAAUUCACUUGAAAAGAAACAUGCUCCCAAUAGAAGAUUCCAAACCUAUGGAUGAUUCCGAAGCAAAAGCCAUAGCGGACACAAUGCCGAAGCUACAACGUAUUGAACUUUGUUUUGGUGGAUUUGGUGAUUCCAGUGUGUCUGAAAUCCUCACCAAAUGUAAGUUACUUACGCAUCUUGACAUUCAAGGGAGUUGGAAUGUGGAGUUGGAGGGAGAACUUGAAGGGGUGUGUGAAAAGCUCGAGUGUUUCCAAAGUCCUUGGAGCAAUUAUAGUGACGAGUUUCCUGAGAGUGAGAGUGAAGGUGAUGAUAGUGAAGAAAUGGAAUCGGAAUCGGAAUGAGAUCGAGAGUGAAGAUGAUGGUAAUUGGUAGUGAAGAACCGGAACAGGAAUUGGUAUGGGAAUGACUUUUUGAGGUUUUUCUUGGUUUUAUUUUCUUUUGGUGUUUUUU